GUUAAAUACUCUUCAAUCAUUCAAUGCCUCCACUCAUAAACCACACAGCUUUAAUUGACAAAAAAGCGAUGUCUGCGCCACCGUCCGUCACCGAAAUCGAAGUAGAGGGCAAUGUGUUUCCGGCGACGGUGACGCCGCCAGGCUCCGCCAAGGCCUUUAUUCUCGGCGGCGCAGGUGAGAGAGGAUUGAAUCUGGACGGGAAGUUUGUCAAGUUCACCGCCAUCGGCGUCUACUUGGAAGCUGAUGCCGUUUCGUCUCUCGCCGUUAAAUGGAACGGCAAAAGCCCCGACGAGUUGACGGAUUCCGUCGAAUUUUACAGGGACCUCGUUACUGGUCCUUUUGAGAAGCUGACACAGAUAAGAAUGAUCUUGCCAUUGAGCGGGAAGCAGUACUCGGAGAAGGUGACCGAGAACUGCAUUGCUCACUGGAAAGAGUUGGGGAUCUACGGUGAUGCCGAAAUCGACGCCAUCGACAAGUUUCUUCAGGUCUUCAGUGACCAAAUGUUUCCCCCGGCCGCCUCCAUCCUCUUCUCUCACUCACACUCUGGCUCUCUAACGAUAAGCUUCUCCAAAGAUGGCGCGAUACCCAAGACACCGAACGCGGUGAUAGAGAACAAGAACCUAUCGGAGGCGGUGCUGGAGUCCAUCAUAGGCGUCAACGGCGUUUCUCCGGCAGCAAAGCGGAGCCUCGCCCUCCGAUUAUCAGAGCUGCUCAAGAAGGGAAAAGAUAUUGGUGAAGAGAAUGUAUGAGUGAAGACAUAUGUUCCAAAAAAGAAAGAAGAUUCUCCUUUUAGAAAUGGCAUGCAUGAAGAAAUGGUCUAUGUUUUAUUGAGAGUUAAGAAGUGUGGAAGGAGAGGAAGACAGAAAUAAUGUUGUGUGUUGUUUUAUGUUUGUUUUAUUGGCUAUGUAGACAUACUGGUCUUAUCCUCUGUAUUUCUGUAUUUCUUUGUUCCAUAAUAAAAUUUCACAUUUUUU